AUGAAGAAACAUAGAAUUUAUUCAUUUCUUCGCUCAUCAAUAGUUCAAGGUGUCGUCCUUGGGUGGGCUGCUUUAAUUUUGAUACUGGUGUCAGUUGUCCUUGCAGGAAGAUUGUGUCAAGUGACAGAUCUUAAUAUCAUAUUUAAUAUACGUGUAGGUUUAUUAUUGACAAUCACAACUGUAAUCACCAGGGUUAUAACCUUUAUUAUAGCCUUUAUGUUACCAGCAAUCUUGGCGGGUAUUUUUUCCUUUAAUAAAGUACCCGACUUAAACGGAUCAGCAAAAAAAAUCGGUCAAUUAAUGAAUGCAUCAAUGUCUCCCGGUUUAUUGAGUACCGGAAAAGCUUGUUUUAAUUGUGGUCCAAUUCGAAAAAUUUCAGUUACUGUCGCUUUAGCGUUAGUAUGUCAAUAUAUUAUAUCAGCUGCUGAUUUAUAUAUCCAUCUUUCCGCAAUCGGAAUUUCUCAAAAAGCACCUGGGCCAAAAAUCACAGGUACAAGAGCACUAAAUAUAGCAAAUAACUGCUCUGAAGAUCGUAUGUACUAUUAUAAUACCUGUGGACUAUUUAGUGGUUUGGCUGGUUCAGUUGCUGGAGUGACAUAUCCUGUCAAAUCUUUGGAGGUGUACAAAAAUGUAAGCAAGACUUUACAAAUUUGGCGUGCUGACGGAGGCGUUUAUCUUUUGCAAUCCCCACCUGAAAAAGCCUAUGAGUACACUGGGUCUGGUAUAUUUUUAAAACCUUCCUGUGAAGCAAUUAGUAGCACAUGCAAGUUAACUGAAUUGGGAAGUUCUGCUUUAAUUUAUUCCUGCCCUUCCUCAUUAUGGUCCGUUAAUGGAAUUGUAGAUUCAUCAACGAUUAAACAGUAUAAUGUAAACAUAACUUCAGUAUAUUAUGAUAGAAUAAACGAAAAAUCAAUUGCAUCUAACCCUAUACAUGUAAUUGUUUCGGCUAAAUAUUCUUUAGGGACAUUAGAAAGCGAAGAUCCGGAAUUCGUGUCCAUUAGUAAUGGUGAUUUUGGAAUCCUGAUGCACUGCCAAAUUUAUGCCUCAACAGUUGAGUAUGUUGUAACUCUUGGGUCACUAAAAGCUACUCUACUGGGAAAUCUAACAAAUGCACAACUUUUAGCCGUUGGCUAUGCAUCAAAAAUAAUGUCUCAAUAUGCAAUAGAUGAUACUGUGGAUGUGGCAUUUCAAGGAAAUAGUUCAUCAUACCUUGAUGCAUUUUCUCAACAAUUUGCCCAAGCAACUAUUGCUUCAUUUGUUGGUGCCGUACAAGAGAACGGUGAAGGAUAUGAUUACGUGCUUGAAGUAGAUGACAAUAAAACCUCAAUACCAUUUCAUGUUAUUCUAAUUUAUGCCAUAGUUAUUAUUCUACCUGUUUUAAUUUUUUCAAUUGUCAGUAUUCAUUCUUUUCGAAAUCAAUCUGCUGGUAUACUUGCAGAAUUCAUUUGUGUACCUCAAAGACUGUUCUAUCAAGUUUUAAUUAAAAAUCAUUAUGAAGGCGAUUCUUGUUUGGAUAAUUUGGCAGUGCAAGAAGACAAGAUGAUACAAUAUAAAUGUAAUAUUGAAGUGAAAGAGCACCUUGAAUUUCAUGUAUCAAAUUAG